AGGAUACUGGAGCCCAUGUUUACCAUUGGUUUUGAAUCCGGUUAAAUCGCCGGACAUUCGCUUUUCAUUCUCUCAAUUUCGUAAACAACAGUGAUGCUACGAGAAGGCAGUGAGUAGGACUUCCUUGGCAGAGGCUAUAUACGCGUGGCCGUGUGAGAGCAUUUCGAGAGGGAGAGCGGACUCUCCCCACUCUCGGCCGUACCAGGGCAUUUAUAUAUAUAUAUAUAGAGAGAGAGAGAGAGAUUUUGACCCUGUUAAUUAUCACGCGACAAAACCGCCAAUCAGAACGUCGACUUAUACAAUCUUAGCCUUGUGCCAAACCAAUGGCGCAUUAACCAGCACGAGCAGCCUAGAGUCAACUCUGAAUCUUCGCGUAGCCCUACCCGUUCGAGUCCAUAAUACAAUCUCAGCUUCUACUGUAUUAAUCACGUAGUUCAUACGUACGCAAUUUAUAUACAAGCAAAUUAGACCACAUCACACCACAAAAUAGAAAAUAACAAUUAUAAACGAUCUAGCCAAAGUAAGCUGUGAAUGUGAAUGUAACUAAUAGACUGGGUAUAACUUGGGAUUAGUAAGUCGUAUAAUAGCAGCCAAUAGGUCAAAUAAAAGCUUGUGAUAAAAGGAAUAUGAAUAUACAUAUAAUAGUUAUCCAAUAGAAAUAUAUGUAAUAAUAGUACAUAAAUAAUUUAUAGUAGUUACUUACUUACAACUGUUACGCUUUGUGGAGAAACAUCCCGCUCACCAGCAUUCUCCAUCCAAUCCUUUCCAGUUGUUUCCACUUGCUAUUCAUCUUUUUGAUGUCUGCUUGCAAUGUUCGACGCAGUGUAUUUGGCCUUUCUCUUUUUCGUUUCCCUUCAGAAUUCCAAGUUAGCGCCUGCUUCGUGAUGCAGUUUGGUGAUUUCCGUAAUGUAUGUCACAUCUACUUUCUACGUCUUUUCCUAAUUUCCUUUUCAGUUGCUUGAUUCUCUCCCAUAUUAUACUGUUGCUGAUGGUAUCCGGCCAACGGAUAUUGAGUAUCUUGAGCAGACAACUGUUUAAAAAUACUCAUACCUUUUUGAUUAUGGUUAUAGUAGUUCUCCAAGUUUCAGCUCAGUACAGUAGAACUGUGUUGACGUUCGUAUUGAAGAUUCUCACUUUGAUAUUGGUUGACAGUUGUUUUAGUCAUCAGAAUUGAUUACCUCAAGUGGUGUUCGUCAGGGCUGUCCACUCUCUCCAUUCUUGUUCAACUUUGUGGUCGACGUACUUUUAGAGAUAACACUCUCCUCAUCUGACUUUACAGGGGUUGAACUUCUACCAGGAGGUUCACAUGUUGACUUAGAAUAUGCUGAUGACAUAGUUUUAUUUGGCGAAGACGCUGACAAAAUGCAGAGUCCUAUGACCGCUCUAAGCAACAAUGCAAGCAUGUUCGGGAUGCGAUUCUCCCUCUCGAAAUGUAAAAUGUUGCUUCAGGAUUGGGUUGCAUUGACACCCGAACUAAUGGUAGGGAGUGAAGUAAUUGGGCGUGUCGAUCGCUUCACUUAUCUUGGAAGUCUCAUCAGCCCUUGUGGUCUGGUGUGUGACGAAAUCUCAGCACGGAAACAGAAGGCUGGACUAGUUUUUGCCAACUUGCGUCAUUUAUGGCGUAGGAGAGAUAUCCGUCGAUCAACCAAAGGACGUGUUUACUGCGCAGCAGUUCGUUCCGUCCUACUUUAUGGCAGUGAAACAUGGCCGGUAAGAAUAGAGGAUAUUCGUACGUUACUUGUAUUUGAUCAUAGGUGUCCUCGAAAUAUUGCUCGUAUAUCAUGGGACUAUCGAGUAAGUAACGCAGUUGUUAGGAAACGAGUACUAGGUAAGGAUAGCAAAUCAAUUGAUGAAGUAGUGAAACUUCAUCAGUUGAGAUGGCUGGGACACGUGUUACGUAUGCCCAACCACCGACUGCCUCGACGUGCGAUGUUCAGUGGUAUAGGAGUAGGUUGGAAGAAAGCUAGGGGCGGCCAGACCAAAACAUGACACAAGUCCAUGAAGUCACUGACAAGUGAACUGAGUCAUGUUGGUAGGUGUAGACUACCUGGUUGGGGACCGCGAGAUGAUAGCAACCGAUGGUUAGAGACCCUGAAUGACAUGGCUCAAAAUCGUUUGCAAUGGCGCAGGUGCAUCCACUCUUUGUGUUCUCCCAAAUUUUGAUCUCCUUAUUCCUCCUUGUCUCUUUUUUUCCCUUCCCAAAUUUAUUUCACUGUAUUAUACUCCUUGAAUAACAUCUUCAGACCCUAAUCUUUCCGAUUACUGCUUAUACUCUUACUACCUCUACCACUAUGGGGUUUGAAUCGACCACUGCAUCUCUGUGCUAAUGUGGCGUGGCAACUCGAACUGAUGUACGUACGUACAAGUUCUACGUUGUUACUGACUGACUGACUGACAGUUGUUUUGAGUUCUGUAUGUUCUUCAAUUGUAGGAAUGUUGACCUUACUUUGCCAAUCCUCUCGUUUACGUCUGCAUUCGAUCCUCCUCAUUCAUCUAUGAUAUUCAUGUAGGUUUAAGAUUCCACCUCUUCCGGAUUUUCUCCAUCAAGCGUGAUUGUGUUGUUGUUCUCCGUGUUGAAUUUGGGGGUCUUGAAUUUUCCCUUGUGUAUGUUGAAACCUACUGAUCCAUAGGCUUCUGCUACACUAAUUGUCUUCAUCUGCAUUUGUUAGUGUGUAUGGAUAAAAUAGCUAGGUGAUCUGCGAGGUCCAAAUCACCCAGUUCCAUCCAAGCUGUCCAUUGUAUUCUGUGCUUUCCUUGAGAUAUGGAGGACUUCAUAGUUCAGUCAUUCACCAGAAGAAAGAGGAAGGGGGAAAGUAAGCAUCCUUGUCUGACACCAGUAUGUAGAUAGUUAAUUAGUACAACUAUUCACUAAAAUUGCACGUAUAAUGCCCGGUCUCUGCAUGAAACUGUAUAUAUCUGCUUAUGUUUGGCUUCAAAUUAUCAGAACUUCCCGUUAAUGUAUGGGAAUUAUUUUAUUUUCUCUAUCAAACUAUUUUAAUUUCAUUUCCAUACCUAGUAUUUUUAAAUCGAUGAAAUUAAGUGAAAACUGUAUUUGAUAAACUGGUUAGUAAAUGACCAGGUUAAAAUUUACUAUAAUAUAUUUGGGUGAUGGGAAUUCAAAAGGCAUGGAAUAACACAAUUGCUUCUUUUUCAACAUCAGCGACAUAUAGUUGGAAUCUCUUAAACUGGUGAUUUCGCAAAUAUAGAAGAUUAAGAUUAUUCGUAACUGUUGUUUUCAUCUAAAAAGUAACAUAAACCUGAUUGUUUGUUAGUCUAUUCUUAUGUAAUAUUCACAACAAAUAGGUAUUGAGUAAAACAUUAGUUCAUUAUAUAUCGUAAUUCUGUUAUUGUGAAAAUGUAACGUAGAAAUCUGUAAAUAAUGUAUACGAUAUAAUCAAAUAUCAUGUAUUUAGGAUAGCAACUAUGAAAUUAGUACGUUGAAAGUGAACAUUUCUUCCCAUUAAAGAAAUGAAUACCGAUCAAAUGUUAAUAGUAUCAACUAACCGAACUUUAUAAUGUCUAAAGUGUAAUGUGACCAUUUUUAGUUCCUGGUCUAAGAAUGCUUUGUGGUCACUGAACUGUACAAAUUAACAUCUUAGUGUACUGCAUUUGUUGUUAAAUGGGUCAAGGUAGUCAACAAGAGUAAUGGUAAACCUAAUUUUUCAUGAUUUUGUCUGGCGUAAGUUACUAUUCGAAGACUUAUUUGGAUACUUAAUCGAGAACUGCACGACAUAUAGUCCCUAUUGUAAUAUGUCAAAAAGAACAUCUCUGACUACAUUCUUAACAAACUUGUAGUUAGUUGUUUUUGUAGGAAAUAUUAUUUGAAACAUUUCUUUAUACUGUUUACAGUAGUUUAAGUGGAACUGCAAUCUAUGGACGAACCAAUCCGAUUUAAGACGGUGACACUCGAAUUUUGAUGCAGAAUCAAUCAAUCCAUUUGGCUAAAUAGCAUUUGGGCAUCAUGGUUGAUGUCAGUCCGUGAUGUGAACCCUAAUUCUAGUCCCUGACCCUAAAAUCUAACUUCUGAUCCUGAUUACCCACACUAAUAUAUAACGUUAUUUUUACAACAGGAAGUGGUCAAAGUUUCUCCAGGUCAAUUCACGAUCGCUCAAAGGUAAUCUGUAGAUUACAUUCUCGCCAUUGUUUAUUUUCAGUUUUAGUAAAUUGUAUUCUGUUUCAGCGUUGGGAUUUUCAAAUUACUAUUCCUACCUUUUGGCUGUCGUUUGAUUUGUUUUAUGUUGUAGUCAGGAGUUGAGGUGUCCGUCAAUCCAAACCUUAUACCGAAAACUCUGUUUUCUUGCUCAGUAGAAUGGGACUUGUACAAGGUUGGUUUAAUUCUAAUAAAACUACGUGUUACUUUCAUUGAGCUUAUUCACAUAAUAUUUCAUUUCUAAGCUAUGUAUUGUAUUUUAACCAAAAGCAAGUGGAUUUAUGGACAAGAUAUUGAACUGGUGGAUGUAGGAUGGUUGAAUGAUGACUGCUUUUGAAAACCAGAUUUAUGAUGCUAAACCUUUAAAUGACCAAAGAUCAAAGAACCACCUAACUGGUCGGUAAAGUCCCUUUUUCAGCGAACGAAAAUCAUGCUCAUUUUCAAAGGUUAAGGUAGAGUAAACAUUACUUAGUUAAUUUAGUAAGGGGAAGUAGUCUAUAACUGGUUGUUUCACAUACUAACUACCAACUUACUUUCUUACCGAUAUAUAACAUUCAUUCUCAUAGUAGAACAACAGUAUAGUGAUCUGUCACGAAUGUUAUAUUAUUUCAACCUGGCUCCACUUAUAGUCAAUUGUCAGCAGAUUAAUUAGAAUAAAACCAUUGGAUUCCAAACAAUUAUACCGGCAGAAAUGUGAGAUUUAAAGGAGAUCCUAAAAUAACAUUUGAGAACAUUAGAUCAUUAUUUAUAAUAGUUCAAUCUUUGGCAUAUAAAUGAAGAUAGAAAACGAAUGCACAAACGAAACACUGAAAUUUAUUAAUUUCAAAUUAUCUGCGAAUUCAACCAAGAAACAUUUACCCUAACACAUAAUAAAUGUCCUUGUCUUUUCAUGUCACAUUUUUGGCCAGCUAUUGUUAACAUUUUUUAAUUUAUAAUUUUUAAACCAAUAAAUUGUGUUGUGGGAAACCGGAGAUUUAGUAAAAAUGAUAAAUAACUUAAUCGUUUUAAACCUACAUAUAUAAGACGUCAAAAUUAUUGGUUGUCUAUAUAAUGAUAUUUUAUUUUCCACUGAACUACGUAUUGUAACAACUAGUAGUUGGUUCUUAUCUCAGGGACUUUUAUCCCUUUCAUGAUCAGUCACGUCACGAGUGAACCUUUUCUCAAAAGUGAUACAAUCCAUUAAGUUUUUAUAACUUUCUGUAUGAACAAUUGGAUUUCCCCAUCGGUCUUUCCUAUCCAGAGUGAAUAUGGCGACAAAGUCGCUCUACCUUCACUACUUCGUAGCUUUCAUUUUUUGUACCCUUUAUACUCCUGUUUUCGAACUAAAAACUGAUAGAAUCCCCAGUUGAGUUCCAUUUUUCAUGGAGCAAACUCUGAAGAUGUCAUCUGGAACGUUCAAGAAUGCUUUUCAGUCAAAUCAUUUGGCUCAGAACGUAACGGUACUAAAAUAUUUUCCAGCGUCUUAUCCAAUAAUUUUUUCACGAGGAAAUUAACUCUCUCUUAAAUGUGGUUUUAUCUACACAUUAUCUCUUACUAACUCUGUUUAAUGGCGAUGUGGAUCUGUUGCCUGGAGAAAGACUUCUCGACCUUGAGUAUGCGGAUGAUAUUGUCUUACUGUGCGAUAAUGCCCAAGCCACGCAAUCCGCACUUAACCAGUUGGCAAUCAUUGUCCGCAGGUAUGAUAUGUGCUUUGCAUCUUCGAAGUGCAAAGUACUUUUGUAAGACUGGCAGGAUUCUAGUCCUAUACUCACCCUGGAUGGUGAGCAGAUAGAAGUAGUCGAGAAGUUCGUGUAUCUAGGUAGCUGCAUAAUUGCUGGUGGUGGCGUGAGUGAUGAGACCAUUGCACGUAUAGUGAAAGCCAGAGCGGCUUAUGCCAAUCUGGGCCAUCUUCGGCGCCUUCGUGAUGUUAGUCUGGCUGUAAAAGGUUGGAUCUACAAUGCGUCGGUGAGAGCAGUUCUGCUCUAUGCUUGUGAAACCUGGCCUCUCCGAGUUGAGGAUGUUAGACGACUCUGUGUUUGAUCAUCGUUGUCUCCGAAGGAUCGCUGACUUCCAGUGGCAACACCAUGUUAGUAAUGCAGAGGUUCGGCAUCGUGUGUUCGGGCACAGAGAUGGUAAUGCAAUCAGUGUCACAAUCUUGAAACACCGACUUCGGUGGCUUGGACAUGUUCUGCGAAUGUCGUCCCAGAGAAUUCCACGUCGUGCAUUAUUUGCCGAUUCUGGGACUGGUUGGAAAAAGCGGAGAGGUGGUCAGUAUAUGACAUGGUGUCGUGGUAUGAAAGAAAGCUGCAAAGGGCUGGCCUGUGUUGGUCCUUCACGACUCCCUGGCUGUAGUCCUAGAGAUGGUGCAACACAGUGGCUAGAGACGUUGUCAGAUAUGGCUCAGAAUAGAAGCCAGUGGCGAUCCUGCCGUAACCUUUUACUUUCUUCAUAAAAAGUGGUUGUAUCUUCCUUAUCUGAAAGAUUUCUUCUGAUUAUACCUUUCCGUUUCCUUCAUUAUUACUAUUAUUAUUGUUAUUACACUACCUUACACUAAUCUGUUUGUUAUUGUUUUUUUGUUUUCUCUUCGAAUUCUCAUUGUUUUGUGUGGCGCGUAUAUAUUUGGUGCCCUCUUGUACCAAUAUUUAUGUGUUCAAAUAAAUAAAUGAUAAAUAAAUACUCUGUUUACAAGUACUAUGGAAGAAAAUGUUAUAUAUUAAUUGUUAACAUUCCUUUUUGAUUUCAUUAGCUAUGUUCUCAAUCUAAUUAUGAAUAACUGUUUAUGAGUUUUAUCAGUUCAAAAUGUAUACUAUCGCCAACUUGAAACUAACUAGUUAAAUAUAUUGUUUUCUAAUAAUAUAUUUCAGUCCUGGGAUAUAUAUACAAUUACUGUGAACUACAUGAAAUUGCUUCUUGGAUUACUUUACGAAGGUAAUCAUCAUCUUCAUACAUAUUGGUCAAUUUUUGUUGCUUUAAAAAUAAAUUUACUUACAACGUACAACAACUAAAGAUGUGUUCCUUUUUUUUCUUGGAAAACUGUUUCACCUAAAACUGGGACCGGUAGUUUUUGUGGUUAGAACAUCCAGCUUUGAACUACUUGUUUGUAGGUUUGAGCCUCAUUCUGUACUUAACGAAGACUUGGUGGGGAUAACCAAUUUGUUUUUUAAUGCACAAUCAUAUGCACAACGUCUCUUAAAAGCUUCAUUCAUGUUGUUAUCUUGAUUGCUUUCAGUUUCUUUCUCUCUUCUCUUCAUUUCAAUCUUCUCAACCUUCUGCUUGCAGACAUUCCACUUCCGACUGGUGAUACAUACUACGUAUAUCUGCAAACAUAGGUAGCAUACACCACAAUUCCAUUUACUAAUUUGGGUAGCCCGACAAUUUUUUUGCCUUUCACUCAAUGUGUGUAGUUGAAAGUCGAGUACAUAAACCUAUACUUGAUAAAGUCAAUAAUUUUACCUGAAUUUGCGUUUUUUUUAAGGAAAAGCAAUUAGUUUGUUGAAUUCUUACGUUCUCCUUUGUAUUUUCAAUCGAAAUAUAACUUUAUCCAUUUAUCCGUAUUCAACAAAAUAGAAUUUAAAAUAACAUAAUAUCAGAAUGACUGUUCACUGAAAAAAAAAGAAAUAUGAACUAAAAACAAUUCUUUGAACUAGUUAUAACUUGGUGUUUGAAAAUACACUGACAUAUGUACUCAAAUCUUAGCCAUUUCAUUUCAGGUUCAUAUCCUGAUAUUAUUUGUCCCUGUGUAAAGACUAAUUACUUGUACUUUGACAUAUAGGUAGAUGUUAGUAUUCUCGAUCUUAAGCUACAUAUUUCGUAUAAUGGUUGCCCAACUGGGAUAGUUGGAAUGUGAUUCGUACUUGUGAUUUCCUGAGCGAAAAUUUCAUAUAUAUUAUGCCUUGUGUACGUUGAUAAAUAAAGAUGGCUUUCGUUAAAAGCAUGGAAUAUAAUACUCAGGUUUUGGAUUCUUUGGGUGAAACAUCUAUUUUUAUUGAAGUUUUCAUCAUCUUUGUGAGGUUUGUAAUUAUUAAACAUUCCAUAUAAACAGAUCAAUAUUAAGAGUUUGUUUGACCCAUUCUUGGUCAAUCAGCGCUAGUGGAUAAGUGGAAAAGGCCCUAGAAUCUUGUGUAAAAUUAUGAAUAUAAUAAGUUUUUCUGACUGUGAUUCACUUCCAUUCAACUUAAUUUAUUUGGGACAUAAUUACGUACCUGUCCAAGCCGUGUUCUGAUUUUGGGGACUAGUCGAGUGAAGUGUCCGAAGAAUACUAAGUCAUAAGAGUAUUAGGAUCGGAUAAUAAAAGACUUACCAACGAUCGUUUAUUAUUUCUUUACUUAGCUAAUUAAUUGGAUCUAUUUCAGAAUAUUUAUUAAUUUUUGAAUUAGUUAGGCACUGAAGUUGUAAAAUAUUCUCCAGUCAUUUUAUGUUGCAUCUUUCUAGGUCCAAAUCCUCCACAUAUUUAUCCACAUACAUUGGUAUGGCAUAAACUACUUCAUCGUGUUUAGGUUCAAAAGGUUUUUAAACAAAUAAGGAUUCAGAAUCCACUUAUUCGGUUCAGUGUUCUGUACUGUUGUACUAGUUUAUCUUAUCUAUAAUAUUCAACUCGUCCUUCGUUGUUGUACUAAUCCAAACAUCGUUAUCACUGUACAUGUAUGGACUUUUCAAAUUACUUACGAAUAUUCAACAUUAAGUGAAAUCAGCCUCGUUACCGAGACAUAUGUAUUGCAGAAUUUAUCUUAUUUUCACUUUUUAUUAAAGUUGGUUUUUUCAUAGAUCUCAGUAAUGUGUGCACCUCAAUUUGUAACUCCGAAAUCGGCUGUGAUUCGCACUAUACAAAUAAGACUGAUGUAGAUGAAGAUUCUUAUUGUCCCUCGAAAAAUACAACAACAGUUGUUUUAACGGUGAGUAGCUGGUACAAUUUACUGGAAAUUAUGAAUCGCACGACGCAAGUGAGACUAAGAAGACGAUAGACGAGAGUUUAUAUGACACUCAAAAUUGAUCUGAAAUACACCUCUUUUUGUGUUUUAGUAACAGUGAUGAGUAGUCAGAUUCCCGUAAAUUAAACUAAAUAGUACUUUAAUCAAUGCACAACCUACUGCAUAAAUAUAAAUUUACAUCGUAAAGUUUUCUGUAAGUAGCAGAUAUAACUAAUAAAAUUACUCCUUAAAAUGUGAUUACAUGUCGUAGGUGAUUUGAAAAAGAAACUCAUUUUGUAGGUCACUAAUCCUCUAACUGAAGUCUUGAGCAUCAUAUCAGAUUGGUUAUAUUGAUUACAGUUGCAUAGGUCAAUAGACUAUCUGGUGUGUAUUUGAACUAAAUAUAAAUUUAAAAGGGCCUAAAAAAUAUCAUUUCCUUAUCGUAAAUUGCACAUUAGACGUUGAACUUUAAAAUAUUUGAGCCCAUAGAAUUUCUAAAACUUUUAUAUUUUGACUGAAUAUCAUCUUUCAACAGGAUCAUACUACUCUUUAGUGGAAUACUGAGAAUUAAAUAUAGCAUGAAAUUUUAAGUUAUUACUUAUUGUGUUCAAAAACAUGAACAGUUUGUAGACAAGUAUUUGUCAGGUCUUAUCGGUACAAUAAACCAAUCCAAUCAGCUAACACUAGAAAAAAUAACAACAUAAAAGUAUAUGACAGUGGAACUACUGACAUUAUCAAUCGAAGUAUUAAUGUUAGAAGCAAUCAUUCAAAGUAUUUUUUUAACUGUACAACUUGAAAUCAUACUUAACAAUGCAUGGUAGCCAGAAACGUUCGAAUACUUUGUUUGAUUUCUUGAAUGAUUUCCGGUUUUUCAUCGAACGUUUUCGACCAUUUCGACGGUCUCAUAACUUGUUAAUAAAAUGUCUUAGUUAUUCAACCUUUUUCGCUAUACUUUGGUUAGAGACCCUGAAUGGCAUGGCUCAAAAUCGUUUGCAAUGGCACAAGUGCAUACACUCUUUGUGUUCUCCCAAAUUCUAAUCUUCUGAAUUCUUAAUGCCCCUUAUUCUCUUUCCAAAUUUAUUUCACUGUAUUAUACUCCUUGAAUAACAUCUUCAGACCCUAAUGUUUCCGAUUACUGCUUAUACUCUUACUACCUCUACCGCUACGGAAUUUGAGUUGACAACUGCAUCUCUGUGCUAAUGUGGUAUGGCAACUCGAACUGAUGUACGUACGUACGAAGUUCUACGUUGUUACUGACUGCUAUACUUCACCAUAUACUAUUGUAGGUAUAAUUAGAAAACUGGUUUCAACUUAUACAGUUUUAACGGGGAACAAAUUUCGACUAGCUUCAAACUUGAUUAUUAUUAUAUAGUCACGAACGACGAUUUAAUUAUAAUUAAGGCUAUUAAAACAUAUGACUGAGUGAAUAUAUAAAUUUUAUUUCGUCAUAAAAAUAGCACUCACGACGCCAUCUAGCAUAACAUUUAAUACUUUAUAGUUUAUUUUGUAUGUAAGAGUCUCAUGAAAUCAUCUUAGUCUUGACUAGAUAUAAAUAAAUAUUGAUUUUUACACUUGUCAUCUAUUAAAUUAAUUUUUCAAUUUAUUCACAAUCCUCAUUUAUUAUUAUUAUUAAUAGGUGCUGGAGGCUUACUAUUACAUUGUGUUUCUGGAUGGGAUCGUACACCAUUGUUUAUUUGUCUACUUCGCUGUUUACUUUGGGCUGAUGAUUUAAUGCAUUGUAGUUUAACACCUAUUCAAAUGUUAUAUCUUACUCUUGGAUAUGAUUGGUUCUUGUUUGGUCAUAAAUUGAAAACACGUAUGGAAUUGGGUGAAGAAAUACUCCGAUUUACUUUUCAAUUUAUCGGUGAAAUGGCUAAAUGUACAGAAUUAUCACUUCGCAGAGUGUAUGUGUUGAUGGCGUCUUCAUUUCGAGUAUUGCUCUUUAUCUUAUUAUUUUUCUGUCAACCAUGUACUCUUGUUGUUUUCACCACUGACUGACCUUUGUUAAACAGUAACUGAAAACCAUCAAAUACUGAAUAUUCAUCGAGAUCAUUAGCCGAUCAAUGUUAGACCAUCAUUGCAAACCUGGAAGCACUGGACGACCAUUACAUCCUACCAUGGGACUCCUCAGCAGUGUGUAUUCACGAUCCCGCACAUGGGAUUGGAUUUUUGCUUAAUAUUGUAUGGGCUGGAACUAUUAUAAGUUUUAUCUCUAAAAGCAUGUCUGUGACAAAUAUAUAUAAAACCGUGGAAAGAGGAUAACCCUGACGAACAUUACCUAUAGCAAUCAAUUUCUAUGGCAGUUUUCUAUAAGCUCUGACUCAACCAGAAGUGUUCGAGUAAAGAUCCUGUACAAGGUCAAUUUACUUCUUUGGCACGCCUUUUAGUGACAGACACUGCCAUAAAACCUCACUAUCAAAUUAGUCGGGUGCUGUCUUAAGGAAUAUAAUUAUAGUCAGAUGUCCAAUAGUAUAGCUGUGUCCCAGAACCUGCCUAUAGGUGAAUAUUUGGUCUAUACAUCCACGUCCAGGUCUGAAACCAGCCUGGUUUUCUCGAGUUUGCUAUUCAAGAGCUCUAGUUAUACGUCGAAGUAUUAUUGAGGCUAAUAUUUUAGACACUACUAGUUAAACUGUCGUGAGAUAUCAACUCACUGAAGACAAUGGUGUACGGUGGCGCAACUUCGUGGAUUGGUCGAAGUUAGACAUGAACACCGUUGUAUGCCGGCUCAGUGGUCUAAUGGUUAGGCGUCGUGCGCGAGGUUGAUAGGUCCUGGGUUCGGAUCUCGUGGGGUCGUGGAUGUGCACUCUCGAGGAGUCCCAUACUAAGACGGAACGGCCAUCCAGUGCUUCCAGGUUUUCCAUGGUGGUAUAGCUUCAAUUGACUCGUGAUUUCAACUAAUGUGAUUCCUGUCUGUUUGUUACAAGAGAAUUUUUUCCCUUUCUUGUAGACUGGGUCGAAUAGCGGUCGGGUCAAAUGAAAUUAAGUUCAGUUCCCAGAUUUUAGCUAAGUUCUCAGUUAAUUUAACUGCUAAAACGGGACCACCAUCCUUAGAAAUCUCAGUAGAUAAUCUAUCAGUUUUCCCUGCUUUCCCUUGCUCUGGAUUACUUAUAGCCUUUUCAACAUCAUUAAGAUUUUGAAGAAUCAUAUCAAUCAGUUAUUUCUUCUUGAUAUGAAACUCCUCACCAGUAUCUAUCAACGACUCCAGUGGGAGAGAACGCCGAACAUUCAGGUCUUUCAAGAACCUCCACAAACCGCUCAUGUUAAUAUUAAUCAUGUAUCUACCAAUGGUCGGUUUCGGGGAGACAAUUUCCUAAUUUCUAUUGAGAAACCAUGGCCUGUGGGUUCCACUUAUUUUGGAGUGAGACAUCCACUUCACCUAAUAUUGCCAUUAGAUAAUGGUCGCACAUUAUCACCAAUUGGUUAGAUUUAGACUUAUAAGCCACUGGAUGACGAUUCAGCAAUCUAAGUUUUAAGCCUUAACCAUAAGAAUCGCGUAUUUUUAUGUUCGACCAUCAUCAAGUUUGUUAGUGUGCUCUACCAAGGACCUUAUACACAAAAUAGCUUCCUGAUUUUCAUCGAUUCCCGAACUAAGGUCAGUUCAUGAAGUACACUACAACAUUGAAAACUCCCCACAAACCCCCUAUACUAAAGCUGUUUUGAUGAUUUGUGUUUUUGGUUUUUUACAGCUAUGAUAUUCACGUUACUGAUGGGUCUAAAAGUUCAGAUUCGGAUGAUUCUUCGUUUAUUGAUUUACGCUCCAGUGAUGAUUUACAACCCUUAAGGCAAUCACGAUUAGAAGAAUUGUCAAAUUUAUUCUUUGAAUUUUGGAAUGAAGAAACUAAAAGACGUGAAGUUCAAUCUACUAUCAACAGUAUUGGACCCAUUGCCAACGAAUCUGUAGUUCCGGAUAAAAAUACCCAGUCAAUAUCAAAUUCUGAAGGAAAAUCAACUUUUAAUAGUGAUGAUGAAUCAUCAUCAGGUCAUGAAAACUAUACAUCCAGAAAUAGCAAUAAACCCUUUGAAAAUCAAAAUUCAAUUGUUUCUCAAGUUAGUUUUAGUUAUACACAUAUAAUAUUUUGAUUUAUGAACCUAUGAAUAUUGUUUGUACUGUAAUGAGGCUGUAUUACUAAGUAAUUUGAAAAUUACCUCGUCCUAUGGUUAGCCUGAAACAGUUUGCUUUUGAUCAUGAACAUAGUUCACAGUAAUUUCAACAUCAUCUGGUUUAUAAUAUCCAUCCAUACUUGCUUUUUGUUCGAAAUUUUACUCGUCUCUCCACUAAAUUCACUUUUUUAUUUCUAACUAUCCUCCCCUCCAUUUCCACCGAUUUGGCUUGUUCUGUUGACAUUUUUCAUUCUGUAUUUAGCUGAUUGCUUACCAAAGACACCCAAGAUAUAGCUUUAUUACUAUUUUGUAACAUUAUUGACAUCUUUACUCUGAUCAGUAAGAUUAUCCAUUGAAGUCGUCUUCUGUUGGUUAGAGGUUUCAUCGGAUUAAAUUUAGAGUUGAUUUCUCUAUGAUAGAUAUUUAUUUAAUUUAGCUUGGACUCUAUUCUACUGCCUCCUGUUUACGAUAUUAUUUCAUUUAUGGUAUUUUGAGCUAAGUUAAUAAGACAAUUACUUGUCAAUUGUAUUGGGCUAUGGUUGGGGUUAUUGAUUGAAGUUAAACAUAUAAACCAUCAAACGCCGACUCAGUGGUCUAAACGCUAAGUGUUCGACACGUGACCUAAAGGUGCUGGGUUCAAUCCCCAGCAACUUCAUGGAUAUGCACUUCUAAGGAGUCCCAUGCUAAGACUAAACAGCUGUCUACUGCUUUCUUCUUUCCAGUCGUCGUCUAAAUGAGGUCAAUGCCCUUCUGUAAGCUACAAUAUCAUCUUUCUUGGUUUGUGUUACAAUGUCAUCUUUUCUUAAACUUCAUAGAAAUUUUCCGACUCCCUUUUGCAGAACAUAAUUGAACUCCAUCACGAUUACCGCUUGUAACAACAACUUUUGAUAUUUCCUAUCUAAGCAAGCCACUAGCAGUUAUAAGUAAGAAGGUUUGUGCCAACCCUUGUCUUAAAAAUAGUUACUACUUGUAAUCAUUUAAAUUUUACUUACUUUCUGUUAAAAGACAAUUCGUUUUUUACAUGGGCAAAAUGAUAUUUAAAAAUUAUUUGAGAAUCAUGGUCACCAAGCAGUCGUGCAUUUCACAUACUCUAUGUUUUAAUCUUUAUUCAUUAGAUUAUUUAUGUCAUUAUUUCUACAUAUUACUGACUUUACAAUUAUGUAAUAGGCUAAUUGGUAUUCAUAUUUUAUCUUUAGGUUAGUAGCGAGCACUCUGUUAUUAAUAUAUGAUUAAUUAAGUCUUCGUUCAAAAUGUGUUGAAGUAUAGAAAAACCUUAGACGCCAGAAAGCAGCUGAUCGUUGGGUGAAUAAACUAAGACAGGUUGGGUUGAUUGUCUUAUCUUUGUCAUUUUAUGAUGUAUACACCACUAUAAACUGAAUGGAUCAUAAAGCUUUCUCUAAACACAAGAUAUUAACUAGUAUUAUGAGAUUUUUUGUUUUCUACGUAGAAGACAAAUGACAUUUUAUGGUUUGGAUACCAAGUCACUUAUGGCACAAAAUUAUGUCUAGUUUAACGAAUUUUGGAAGAUUUAAGUAGUUCCAUACGAAGUUAUUAGAAAAUCAUGUUCCCAAACUUUUAUAUGUGUGCUAUCAGCUUACCCUAUCGUUGUAAUAAUAAUAAACAGCUGACGUAUGUAUUGUGUAAAAGCACUAUACAGUUGUCGUUACAGUAUGUUUGUAUUUUCUGCUAACAGCAUAGACUACUACAUUUAGAAAAGACAUAUUCCAAGUCUGUAUACAUAUUUACACUAGGUAUGCUUCUAAGAAACACAAAAAUAGCUCCGUCUAGAUAAGCCAAUAACGAUGAAGCUGGCCAACUCACAACUAAUACAAAACAGCUUACAUCUGUGUAAGGACACAAUUCUUUUUUUAUUAGGAUGCUAGAUUUCGCCUAGUGUUUGUCUCUUAUUAGUAUCAUAAAUUAAUCCAAAAUAGUAUCACUUUAGUGCCUAUCUUUUUUAGUUUUCUUUCACGCUAAAAAACUCAUAUUUCUCUUCAUUUUUGUUUAUUUGUUUAUAUACAACUCAAGUCGUCUACUACAUAAUUCAGGUAAACUUGAAUUUGCCAUUAGACAGUUGUCGUUUAUAGUUCUUUUUUUCUUCCAGUAAUCUCUAUCUCUUUGAUGCCUUGUAUAAUUGCGAUAAUUAACAACUAUAUUCAAAUUAAUUCAUUUUCAUGUAAAUAAAAUCUCAUUUUUCACGAGGUGAUUUUGUUCGUUUUUGGUUAAGAUGAAGAGAUAGAACUCUAUUUCUCAGCCCAUAUCCCAAUAUUGUCUUGAAAUCCGUGUGUGAACAAAUAAAUCAAUUGUAUUCAGUAGUCUUUUUACGCCCAGUUUUUUUUAACAAUAUGAUGAUCUGGUGUCAGAUGAAAACUCAGAAUACAUUCAGAAGGCUUGACUGAAUCUUCCCAACUUGUGCUGUAAGGGAUAUAUAAGUCUGCCGACCAAAGAACGAGCUUACUGUGCAGCACUUCGCUCCGUUCUACUUUAUGAGUGUGAAACAUAGCCAUUAGAAGUAGAUCAUGUUCGUGGGUUACUGGCAUUCGAUCAUAGAUGUCUUCAAAGCAUUACUCGUGUAUUUUAGGACCACUGAGUAAGUAAUGUUUGGGUUAGGGAUAGGAAUAGGGUACUAGGUAAUGAUGGGCAAAUCGAUUGAAGAGGUGAUAAAUCUUCAUCAAAUGAAGUUGUUCAGGCAGGCGUCACAUAUGCCCAACCACCGUUUACCUCGACGGGCGACGUUUUCUGGUAUAGGAGUGGGCUAGAAGAAAGCUAGGGGCGAUCAAACCGAAGCUUGAGAUCAGUUUAUGAAGUCGUUGACAACUGGAUUGAGCCAUGUUAAUAAUUGUGUAUUACGUGGUUGAGGUCCGCGUGAUGACUAUCGUAACCAGUGGUUAGAGACUGAAUGACACAGCUCAAAAUUGUUUGCAAUGGCUCAGGUGCAUCUAUUCUUUGUCUUCCCUUAGAUUUCAAGCUUCUAAAUCCCUCAUAAUUUUUUUACUUCACCAAUUUAUAUGUUCUUGAAUCGUACGUUCGAUGCCUAGUCUUUUCUAUUAGCAUUAAAGCUGUUACUACCUUUAGUACUCUUGGAUUCGCCCUGACAAUAUCAUCUCUCAGUGUUAAUGGGUUUUAGGGAAUUGAACCGAUGUACAUACGUACGAGGUUCUACGUUAUGACGGAUAUAUCCUUAGCGUCAAAUUAAUAAUACUCAUAUGAAACUAAUUCAUUCACUGGAAACAGUUAGCAAUAAUAAUCGUAAUGUGUGUGUCACUGAAUAUAUCUUUUUGGGAAUUUAGUCCCUUGUUAUGUGAUCCUUGUACACCUGUUAGUUUCUCCUAAUAUAUUUCCACAUAUGAUCUUACCAAAAGUUUUUAUUAUAGUUAUUAAUAAUUAAGAAUGUCCCUUG